AUAACGUGGGGCAUUGAGUUUGCUGUAAGAUCAGAGUUCAGAGGUUUAUUUGAAGAAGGCAACUGCAAAUAUAUAAAAAGUACUAGCUCUUCAAACCAAAUUACAGCUGUAGAGUAAACUGUGAAUUGCAGCUAAAAGAAACCUUCAUGAGAAAUACAUUUCAGGAGCUGAGUAGCAAUGGUUAGACAUUUCCCAAGGAGGGCGCUAAUGGACCUACAGAGCCCUUGUAAAAGUGACGUCGGUGAUACUAACAGUGAUGGGAAGUCGAGCCAGUGCUGACUUUAUACAACAGAGCUGAAAAAUAUAGUUUUGAGAAAAUGACGGCCCUCCCUCUCUCUCGUUCGGAGGUGUUUGGAGAGCUGAGGAAAGAACUGCAUGAUGAUAAGGAGUUCCAUCAGUCUGAUGCCCAUAUCUUCAUCAUAAUGGGUGCAUCGGGAGAUUUGGCAAAAAAGAAAAUCUACCCAACACUAUGGUGGUUAUUCAGAGAUGGUCUGCUCCCUGAGGAGACUCACUUUGUGGGUUUUGCUCGGUCUGACCUGAAUGUAGAUGCCAUUCGAACUGCCUGCAUGCCCUACCUGAAGGUGUCUGACUCCGAGGUGGAGAGACUCUCUGUGUUCUUCAGCAGAAACUCUUAUGUCAGUGGGAAGUAUGGAGAGGAGAGCUCUUUCUCCAAACUCAAUAGCCACCUGUCGACUCUGCCCGGCGGGGCGCAAGCCAACCGGCUCUUCUACCUGGCCCUGCCCCCCAGCGUCUACCAUGACGUCACCCAGAACAUCAAACACCACUGCAUGAGUGCCAACGGCUGGAAUAGGAUAAUUGUGGAGAAGCCGUUUGGUCGAGACCUACAGAGCUCAGAGGAACUGUCCAAUCACCUGUCGGCGCUCUUCACUGAGGAUCAGAUCUACCGUAUCGAUCACUACUUAGGCAAAGAGAUGGUUCAGAACCUUAUGGUUCUUAGGUUCGGGAAUCGGAUAUUCGGGCCCAUUUGGAAUCGGGAAAGCGUGGCCUCUGUGGUGUUAACUUUUAAGGAACCGUUUGGCACACAGGGCCGGGGCGGAUAUUUUGAUGACUUUGGAAUUAUCCGCGAUGUCAUGCAGAAUCAUUUGCUCCAGAUGCUCUGUCUGGUUGCCAUGGAGAAGCCAUCCUCCACCAGCUCCGACGAUGUUCGAGACGAGAAGGUUAAAGUACUGAAGUGCAUCAGUCCCCCAGGCCUCUCAGAUGUGGUUUUGGGACAGUAUGUCGGAAAUCCAGCAGGACAGGGUGAUGCUAAACUGGGAUAUUUAGAUGACCCUACUGUCCCAAAAGGUUCCACCACCGCAACCUUUGCCACUGUAGUUCUCUAUGUCAAAAAUGAACGGUGGGAUGGUGUUCCCUUCAUCCUGAGGUGUGGGAAAGCACUGAACGAGAGGAAAGCAGAGGUCCGGCUGCAGUUCAGAGAUGUUCCCGGCGAUAUCUUCGGAGGCCAGUGUCAGAGGAAUGAACUGGUAGUACGGGUCCAGCCCAAUGAAGCUAUUUACGCCAAGAUGAUGAGCAAGAAGCCAGGAAUGCACUUCAACCCAGAGGAGACCGAGCUGGACUUAACGUACCACAGCAGGUACAAGGAUGUGAAGUUGCCCGAUGCUUACGAGCGUCUCAUUCUGGAUGUCUUCUGUGGAAGUCAGAUGCACUUUGUGCGCAGUGAUGAGCUGAGAGAGGCCUGGAGGAUCUUUACUCCUCUCCUUCAUCAGAUAGAGAAAGAAAAAACAGUUCCCAUCAACUAUACCUAUGGAAGCCGUGGACCUCCGGAGGCUGACGAGCUGUUGAAGAGGGUGGGCUUCCGCUAUGAGGGAACCUACAAAUGGGUCAACCCCCACAAACUCUGAGAGAGGAGCGGAAAGGGCAGAAGAGGAUAGGAUGAAGGGAAAAGAGAGAGAGAGAGAGUGAGAGAGCAGAGAGAGAGAAACUGUGAAGAAAAAUAUGAGACAGCAGGACUAGCACAUAGUCAAAGUUAAGAAGAAAAUAAAAUGACAACACAUGAUGACUUGAAGCAGUGGAAGUACAAGGUACAACCUGCUGCCAUGUUAUAGAUGAUAAUAGCGCUUAUAGCUGUUAAAUAGUAAGAAAGGAGCAAAGAACGGACCAGAAAAUGUCUACUCACAAACAACAGUUAGAUUUGACUCUGAUCAUCUGUAUUUUUUCCCCAUGUUUUAUCUUACAAGAAACCAGAAAUGGGUUUUACUGCCACAGAUAUGCAGUGUGUAUAGUUUUUUUUGUUUUUUGACAGUAAGGUAUGAGUGUGGCAGUACUUUCAAUGCUAGAGGUUACUGAAAAGUGGAAUGUCUUUUCUCUAGUAUUCUGCAUUUCGCUGCCUUUUGUAUCAUUCACAUAGAGAGCAGAGAUCAAGAGUUAAUCAGCUACCAGCUAUCGACUUCAUGGCUUUCGUUUUUAUUAGUAUCUCUUGAGUAGAUGUCUCUUGUGUCUAUGCCAGAUAAAGGGUUUACAAAUGCCAGAAAGAGUCAGAAGGUGAGUCUGUAAUAUAUUGUUACAAAAACAAAAAAAAAACAACUGUCUAUAGGAUUUCAUAGAACUGCUCCUUUUUCCAUAAUUCCAUUUUGAAGAGUUGUUUUUAUAUACGUGUAUAAACAGUCAAGUCCCACUUUGUCAUGGACAUCACCUCUCAUUCCAUGCUUUGAACAGGAACAAAACACACAAUAGUGGUGAAUGAAUUAUGUUUCUCUCUCUUUCUCUCCAUUUCUCUCUCUGUUUCAGUUUUAACAUUAGGUCUCAUUGUGCUAAUUUUCAUCCUCUUUUACCAGCCGGUGGCCGUUACCCUACUCCCUUACAGCUCUAGUCUUUCACUUUAGCCAAAAUUGCACAGAGGUAUCACAACUCUAUUUCUCUGCACUUAACAUUCCCCUCCGCUCCAAAUGGGAGGAACAGCUGAUGCUUAAGAUGAAUGUCUUACACAAAGAUCGAGCCAAUGCUCUCCCUCAUUUUUCCAUAUCCUUCAAUCAAGGAUAACUCUGAUAAAAAAUCAUUGUGCAUCUUGUCUGUUGAUUUAUUUAUCAACCAUUAUUAAGUAACUUUUGAGGGUAACAUGUCAUGUUUUUGUUUUUCUUUUUUUUUUUUUUUAAAUUGAUUCUUGGUUGUUGGGAUUUGUUUUUGUUUUUGACUUUAGCUAUUUAACUUUUCUGGAAGACUGAAAAAGUUACCCGGAUUGCUUUUUUUAAAAAAACAAAAAACAAAAAAAAAACCUAUAGAUAUAAUACUACAUUUCUCAAUAAAUAGUCCCGAUGCCUCUAA